UCUAGCUAACAGUGCACCGAAGAUAGAGCCUUGCUGAGAGAUGGUUUGAUUUGAAGUUAAGAUUUGGUUUAAACAUAAUUCAAACUGUAGAAGUUUCAUCAUUGAAUUUCCAAGUUCUAACGUUUAAUAUCAAACUUUCGAGGCCAAGCCAUAGCAUUUUAUACAUGAAGUAAUGGCCGUAAAGGAUACAAGAAAGCGACAUGUCGAUAUUGAUCAUGCAGAGGCUGGACGACAAUACAAUGAUGGCCACGAAAAGAAGGAAGGCGACAACGCCCUGUUGUAUGGUAUCGAGACACCUCCUCCAUGGUAUCUUUGCAUCGUCUUGGGUUUUCAGCACUACCUAACGAUGUUCGGCUCUACUAUCGCAAUACCGUUGAUAGUUGCACCAGCGCUAUGUGUUGGCAAUGACCAGGUUGCAAAGAGUGAAAUCAUUUCCACCAUUUUCUUUGUUUCUGGCAUUUGCACUUUACUCCAGACGAUAUUCGGGUGCAGACUACCGAUCGUUCAGGGAGGCACAUUUGCAUUGAUACCACCUACAUUCGCUAUUUUAAACUUACCACAGUGGAAAUGUCCCUCUACGGGUGAUCUAGGAGUUGCUAAUGUUACACUAAACCUCACCGAUGCUAUUUUUAACGGAACCACAGACACGUCGGAGAUUUGGAAAAGUAGAAUGCGAGAGAUACAAGGGGCAAUCAUGGUGGCUUCGUUACUACAGAUCGUAUUAGGAUUCACUGGUAUACUUGGCAUUUUGAUGAGCUUCAUCGGGCCAUUGUGCAUCACCCCUACUAUCAUCCUCAUCGGGCUUUCCCUCUUUGAAGCAGCGAAUUCAUUCUCUUCUCAACUGUGGUGGAUCGCUUUAUUGACUAUAGUUCUGAUAGCAAUAUUUUCACAGUAUAUUCCAAGAAUAAAGUUCUGUCGAAGGAACAAAUGGCUGGCAGGUUUGCUAAAGGGUGUUCACUCUUUCCGAUUAUUCUUGGCAUAACGGUGUCCUGGGCAGUAUGCUACAUCCUAACGGUGACAAAUGCACUGCCAAAAGAUUCAAAACAAUGGGGCUAUUAUGCAAGGACCGACAUUAGAGAAGAUGUAUUAAGGGACUCCGCUUGGUUUAGAUUUCCAUACCCAGGACAAUGGGGUACUCCAACCGUAAGCCUAUCAGGAGUACUUGGGAUGGUGGCUGGUCUUCUUGCUUCUAUUAUAGAAUCUGUGGGCGACUACUACGCAUGCGCAAGACUUUCCGGAGCACCGCCACCUCCGACACACGCAAUUAACAGAGGUAUAGGUAUGGAAGGUAUAGGAAGCAUAUUGGCAGGAGCAUGGGGGACCACAUCUGGUACCACCUCGUAUAGCGAGAACAUUGGAGCAAUCGGUAUUACAAAGGUCGGUAGUAGAAGGGUUGUGCAAUUUGGAGCUGUAAUAAUGAUACUUCUAGGAAUGCUGGGAAAAUUUGGAGCCCUGUUUGUCACCAUUCCAGAUCCAAUCGUAGGCGGGGUAUUCUUCACUAUGUUUGGUUUGAUAACAGCAGUCGGAAUGUCCAACCUACAGCAUGUUGAUUUGAAUUCCUCAAGAAAUAUGUUCGUCCUUGGUAUGGCCGUAUUCACAGGGUUCAGUUUACCCCAAUGGCUAAAGGCUAACCCUGGUGUUAUACAAACUGGCAAUGAGACGGGUGACAAUAUUCUUACUGUGCUUAUGAGUACAAGUAUGUUCGUUGGGGGUCUGGUGGGAUUCUUCCUGGAUAACACCAUACCAGGUACAACUGCUGAACGAGGACUUGACGGUUGGAAAAAGUUGACAGAGGUAAAAUCUGACAAUGAAGACAAAACAAAGAUAGGUGGCGCCACAGCAGUAGGUCUAGAGUGUUAUGACUUUCCCUUUGGAAUGAACAUAGUGAGGAAAAUGACGUGUGCAAAAUAUAAUCCAACAUGCCCAACAUUUGAUCUAAUGAACUGUUGUGGAUCUUCUUCCAAAAAACACGAAGAAACGACCGAAAGUGUGGAUAUUAAUGGUAGCCAGUUUGGGUACAUCUCAGGGUCAGCAAAGGAGAAUGAUGCAUAUGUUGGACAUAGCACUGGGUUGGAAAACACAAACUUAUGAGAAUCUCAAUCAUUUAAGACAUAAGAAGUCACAUAUAUGACGUAUGGACAAGACGGCAUUCUCCGAAACGCAGGAUGUCACGGGGGAGAUAUCUACAAUAGGGAUACAAUAGACCUACGUUCUGUGUUCGGAAGAUCAUCAAUCACUAACAUCACUUUAAAAUGACAACAUGCAUGAUUAAUUAUAUAUUUAUAGCUAUCAAAUAUACUGAUAUACUGAGUAUGUGUCGUUUUGGCUCACAUGUUGAGCCUAUGAAAUCACCCUCUUUUUCAUCUGUCCUUCCGUCCAUCAACAAUUUGACCUAAAUUUGCAACUUGACCUACUUUUCAGGAUGAGUAUCAAAGAAUCACUAAGUGGGUUCACCGAAUACUGCCAAGCAAUUGUUGAUUACAUUGUUGACUUCAGGAGAAAAGGUAUUGCUCUUGACGAAUCUUCUGAUUUAAUACAAAUUAGAGG